AUGGACACUUCGCAAGGUACACCCAGCCUUUCGGACGACCCCCAGCUCGCUUUAUACGCUCCCUACCUCCACUGGGACACAUACCGCAACCUCAUCCAACGGCGGAAAGUAGUUGAAGACCGACUGCACCAAGGCCGGUCCAGACCCGUACCAGGCCGCAUCUCCAAAGCAAGCCUAGAAGCCCAGCUUAUCUGGACCUAUCUUGGCUGCGAGCCACCAGUGCACUUCCGCCGCACAUUGGAUCAAUACGGAUAUCCGAAUCUGCGCUCGACUGUUGCCCGCGAUGAUGACCAGAUGCUAUGGAAGCGCACUCGCAGACCUGCACUUAUUGACGCGCAGCUGAAAGACUAUCUGCAGUCUACGCAGGAUGAUCCGGAUAAUUCGGACCAUGGCGAGUUUAUGGAUGGGAAUGUGCUGAUGGUUGAUCAGCUCUGGCUUUGGAUUGUUGAUCAGAAGACUGUUGUUACUUUCUUCCCCAAUCAAGAGGCUACUACCUCCGAAGGGAAGUUGUUUGAGCAGUCUAAUCUGCAUAGCAGUAUCUACAAUGAGUUGAAUGGGGAUUUGGCACGUCGCUUCGAGACCGCCGGUGAUUUGGCUGCGCUGAUUAUGUUGCAUGCUACAACUGUUCUUUUGGACAAGACCUUACAUCAUGACCUACAGGUCUUGCGGAUAUUCGAAGAGUCAAUCAGCAUUUUGACCGAAUCCGUCACAAAAUCCUUCAAACGUUUCCGCAACAGAGGCUUCACCAAUCGCCCGGCGGACCACGACCGCACGAAAGAUGGGAAAAUAAUGACAGCAGCCCAGCGUGACCACCGAGAGCGCCAGGCUGCCCGCCGGAAUCGUGAAGAUCUAUCGGUUCUACUUGAGCUUCGCGACAUCGAGGACGAACUAAGCACCAUUCUUAAACUGCUCGAUAAACAAGACACCGUGAUCCAAAGUAUGGUCAAAUAUUUCGACAAUAGAGGAUAUGGAAAGUCAUUUCUUGAUAUAGCGCAAGAUCGGAUUGAGGUAUAUCGAACUCAAAUCAGUGAAAUGAAGGAGAACAGCCACAUGACACAGAAGGCAGUUGAAACCCUGCUAGAUCUAAAGCAGAAGCAGGCAAACGUCGAUGAAGCCAAAAUGGCUAGGUGGCAGGCCGAGGUCACCCAGACCCAGUCUCGAGCGGUGAUGGUGUUCACCAUAUUCAGUGUUGUCUUCCUGCCGCUGUCGUUCUUCACUUCCCUGUUUGGAAUCAACGCCCGGGAAUGGAGUGGCGAGCCGACGAAUCCAACGCUAGGUCAGAUGUUUGAAAUUGCUGCUCCCUCCUCUUUCGCAAUAAUCUUCCUCUCACUAUUACUAGCAUUCAGUGAAAGCCUCCGCGAAAUAGUCUCGAAGACGCACAAGAUCACAGCGGGCUUUUGGAAAGAGUUUGUUCUAGAUCCAAUUCGAACAUUCCUACACUGGGAUUCAAUAGCGGGUAAAAUGCCAGCUAUUGUCGUGCCUGAGGACUCAGAGAUGCGCAAACGUCUUGAUGAGUACCUUGGCUAUGGGCGCAGGAAUCUGCAGCUUGAUGAGGAUAUCUGGCAGCGGUGGCAGGAAAAUAGCCUUUUUGUCGGGAAGCGAGAGAAGGAAAAGGAAUCUAAGAAGGGAAAAUAUGGGGUGAAGCAUGAGGUGGAACUUGAUGGGGAAGUUUAA